GGCUCCCGGAGUCCACGCGGACACGUCCUGGAACACAUGACACGGCGCACACUCGCUCGCUCGCUCAUCUUCCCAUCGCUGCCUAAACCCCCCCCCAUCCGUUCACCAUGGCUGCAUCUUACGACCUGCGUAAAGCUUGAGUCCGGCUUUGAAGAAUUAGUAUUUUUGUUGUUCGUUUGAAAAUAAUCCAUUUACUGUUGAUCUUAUUGCGUGCAACAGCUGUGCUGCAGGGAGACGCCGGUGGGGUAGUUUGGGUACACGGGGCCAUCCUGCUGAAGGCUGCCGAUCUUCCCCGGUGAACUCUUCGUCAUGCUGCCCAUCACGAAUGGUGGUCUGGGUCGGACCAGACCGCCACUGGCUCGCCGGCAGAACACGAUAAUGACCCUGCGUGAGAUCCUCUGGGGUCUGACCCACCACAUCGGAGAGCCUUCGCUGUGGGCCGUGCUGCGGGAGUGUGUCAUGGCUCUCAAGAACCGGGAGCAGAGACCAGUUUACGUGUCGCUUGACACGGUCACCAUAGUCCCUUCUGGGAUCGUCAGAUUCAUGCCCGUGAGUCCACAAGACGACCUGGAUGAAUUUUUUCUGGCCCCAGAGCUUGAAAAGCAGGGAAUCAUCUCAGAAAAGUCGUGUAUUUUCGGCGUGGCCCAGACGGUGCUGGCCGCGGCCACGCUCUGCCUCCCGAGCAGCCAGGGCCCCCAGCUCACGGAGCACUUCCAGCAGCUGCUGGCGCGCAUGACCGAACCCGACGCCGAGAAGCGCCUCUCCAUCAGCACCGUUCUGAAGGACUGUAACGAGUACCAGAGCCAGACAGGGAUCCUCACCCAAGAGAUCUGCAUGAUGUUGCGCAUGGAGGCUAUGCAUGGACAGAUUCUGCAAAUGCAGGAGCAGUGCUCGGGACAGCAAGGAGCCAGAACAAAGCCCAAGAGCCCUCCCCCCUGCCCGGCCCGCGCCUCCCGUCCAGCGCCGGCCUGCUUCUCUCAUUCAACCAAUGAGCAUUCGGGGAACCCGGGCCGCUCAGGCUUCGUGCCCGUCUCCUCGACGGGAAAGUUCGAGGCCGUCCGCGGACCCGUUCCCACCAAGACCCCUCCGCAGCAUGCCGGUGGUGCAAACCACAAUCCUGAAAGGAGCAUGAGCGUCGACGACGGCGCACAGCAGAUGCCCAGGCGCCGCGUUCUCCGGCAGCAAACGUGGACCGAGACGGGGCACCGUAGGGUGUCGCGGCAAAGCGGCGUCGACGCCGACCACACGACCGCUCGCCUGCCGUCGGACACCACCGCCGACACCGCCGCCGCCGGUCAACCGCAGCCGAGCCGGAGGCAGUCGGAGAACCACAAUCCGUGCCAACCCGCGGCCUCACCGGCCCCGCAGCAAUGCUUCUCCCUCGUCCUGGACGAGUCGUCGGGGAACUACCUCCUCGUCCCCGUCUCCUCCCCGCAGGACCCCGCCGGGGCCGCCGCUCCCGCGCCUGGGCCCGUCGUGAGCAGCUCGCCGCUCGUGAUGAUGUCGGCCGCCGGGAGUUACGCUCCCGCGGCGCAGUACGGUGCGUGGGCCGCGGCGCUCGCUCGUGGCAACUGGCCCAACUCCAACGGGGACGGUCGGGGGCCGGACCACCCCGCCUCGCCGGACUGCGGCAGCCCCUUGUCACCUGGACGUGCCACGAACUGGAGCUCGCAAAGUGGGCCGCUUCGCCAGCCGGCGAUGCCUGUCGCCAGGCCACGGGGCCGCCCCGAGCAGUGGACCACGAGCACUCCGGUGCAGGGCCGAGGAACGGCGGCCGCCGGGCGGACGGCGGUGGGCGGCAGGGCUAGGGGAAACGGUAGCUUCGGCGGUCGGGCCUGCUCACUCAGCCCGGACCUGGAGUUCCGCCGGGCGGAGAUGUGGGCGGCUCAGGCGCAGGGACACCCGGGAAGUUACGAGGGGAGCGGUACGCAGGGUUCCGGCUACAGCCCCGAGGCGCAGUGGGGCAGCCGGGCGCCCGUGCCGGCUGCGGGGAGACGCCGGACGCCAUCCAGCCCUGAGGUGGGGCCAUCGUCGCCUGGACAUCAGGGCCAGAAUGGCCGCACGGGGGCGGCCUGAGGGUCCCCAUUCACCGCGUCCCAUCAGCCCCCAGCAGCAGCGCAUCCUGAGGCUGCUGCGCGAGGAGUUUGCCUUUGAGGGCUACAUGGAAAACGGUGCCGUGGAGAUGGAGAUGGCUGAGUUUAUCCGAGCCCUGCGUGUGCUCAACUUCAAGGCUUUCAGCUACCUGGUAAAGGAGCGCUACCCGGACCUGUACUGGGACGACGGGCUCCUCCGCAAGCUGCACUCCCGCGACACCAUGCCGCCUCUCAAG